AUGCUUCAAGCCCCGGGCGGAUUUACAGGAUCACGAGCACCAUAUGUACCUGGUGAUAGUGCAUCACGUCGAGUCUACCGUUCAUCAUAUAUUCGACCAUCACCACGUGUUAGUUAUAGACCACGACCACCAUUACCACCAGUAGUACCAGCUGGUCGAGGACCCGGUGGUGCUGGUCUUCUUGCAGCUAUUCUUGGACCCAUUGGUGGUCUUACUGGAUGUUUAUGCUGUCUCAAUACUAUCGGCAUAUGGGGUCUAUUUAUCACGGCUAUUCCAUUGACUGUCUUUAUUAGUCGAUGGUUACGUGAUUUUAAGAACCGUAAUGGUCUAAACGGUGCUGAAGAACUUGUUGCUCCACAUAUGCUUCUUUUAUUAGUGCUCGUAUGUUCGUUUUUGUUCACGUUCAUGCGUCGCUCAUAG